AUGCCGAUGCUCGUUGGAUAUCCUUCUAUAAACGUGUCCCUGGUCUGUCCGGCUGUAUGCACACGGGGCGCGCGCUACCGCACUACGCAGACCGGCAGACCCCUCCUGUCCCCUCCACCUCUAGCCCCGCUGUCCCAAGAUUUCAAUUUCGAACUCGACAACCUCCACCCGGCGGCGACCAAUUCGACGCAUCCAUCACUGCCCCCCGCAUCAAAUCGAGCCAGCCGCGCAUCCGCCACCAGAAAGAGCCGAGCCAUCCAUCCGUCCGGGCCGGAGGUCGAAGAGCAGGAGGCCAUGGCGCUCGGGUGGUUCAAGGUCGUGGAGGUGCAGGUGCAGAGCGCGCGGGCGUACCAGUGGAGGUGGGAGGAGAAGGCGGGCGUCGUGGUCUCCCUCCUCGACGACGCGCUCUUCCACGUCCUCUACGCCGCCGAGGCCGUCGUCCUCUCCGCCGCGCUCUGCGGCUUCUUCCUCUGCUGCGGCUGCAACAUCUGAUCUGCGUCUGACGGCCUCUGCGCCUCUGAUGCCCUCCGUGGAUGGAUCCCGCCCUCUGCACCUCUGAUGCCCUCCGUGGAUGGAUCCCAGUUUUGACAUGCCGCGACUCGCCCUCGCGAUGCUGUUCUGUUUUUACCGUUCCCCCUUCCAUUUACCUUUCCCCUGGUUUCUGUUCAUUGUUUUUUAUAUAGCUCGCCAUUCAUGUCGAAUGAUCCCCUAGUUUCUCUUCGACCGUGAGCACCUCAUGUCUCAGGGUGCUCGUCGUCUGUGUACUACGCUCCCCUGGAGCAAAAGACUGUAGGGCGGUGUCCCGGUUCUUGAGGUUGAUGCAGGAGCAUCCAGGAUCUUGUGUUUCUUGUUUA